AUGGAUCCGGUGGAAUUUCCGAAUUACCUGUUGUCCGGUCAGAUAAAACAACUUAUCGGCCUGACUGGAUUGGACGUCAACAACAGUGAAGUCCACAAAAACAUACUCAGUGCUUUCCAAAGUCAGACAAACGAACUUCCAAUAUUUUACACAUUGUGGAAGCCGGAGAAUGAAUCGCCAAAAUCCGAAAAACAGAUCUUCAGGUCGCCGAAGGGUAUUAUAAAGAGAGAUUGGCCAUUGAAGUACCUACUACAUCGACCAUCGGUUGUGGUUUUAUUUGUGGACCUAAAUUGGGAUCAUCCGAAUUGGUUAGAAAAGAGAGUGGAGGUCGAGAGCAAAGUGGCUUCUUUGAGGUGCGUUUUUUAGUUUGUUAAUUUCUGGAAUUUAGGUGGUUUUCAUCGUCAUAGGGCAUUUGAUGGUCGUGUAAAGUCAAUAUGGCGGAAAUUGCGACUGUUUUGGAGAUUUGAUUUUCUUAUCCGUGACAUGUGAUGUAUAAUUCUGAUUUCAGACAAGGUGUCCCAGUCAAAGAAACCAAAAUUGCGUUGGUUUUGAUCCAGAACUCAAAUUCCUCCUCUUUAUCACCUGACGAUUACCUGGCCAAAGAUCGAUCGAAAGAACUCUGGGAAUCUUGUCAACUCUCAGAGAAACAGCUCUUUGUCUUCCCAGAUUAUGAGCCUUACAAUGCAGUUGUCCGACGAAUGGAGAAUGCAUUAUAUGAGCUUGGACAGAGCUUUUACCAAGGAAUUCUAAGACGGAUACGAGGAAGGUCAAUUCCAAAUAAUUAUCCCAAUUUAACCAUCAGACAACAGUUCAAAUUGGGAUUUUUAUCCGAAAUGAGACAGGAUACACAUUCAGCACUAAGGUAAGAUUGUUAAAUCAUUCGUUUAUUACUUUUUUAGGCCUUACCGACAAGCAUAUCAGCACUGCAGUGAAGCAGAAAUUCCGGAUACCGAGUUAUUCGAGUAUCUUUCAAUUGUUUCAGUACUGAACUAUAAAGUAAGUUUCUUUACAAGUCUUUAUUUUAAAUUUAGAUAUGUGAACUCUCCUUUAUCCAUAAUCUUCCUGGAGAAGCUGUUACCCAGUUUUCGAAGUUGAAUGCUUCUUUUUUCAAUCGGCGAGCUGGAUAUUAUCCAUCUCCCGAAUUGGCAGAGAUUGAAUUAGCAAAGUGGAAGAGUCAACAAGUAAGAAUUAAUUAUUUAUAAGAAUGAUUAUUGCUCGGUCUUUAGUGUCGAUUAUUCGCCGAUCUGUUCAGUCAUGCUAUAACCAAAGGACUAGCUGCCUUUCCCCAUCAGAAUCCGGGUCUUCAACUGGAUAUGUCAGCGGAUUUUCUGUGCCAUGCAAACGCUCGAAUUAUCUUGUUGAAGGCAUCGGUUGGGCAACAAGAAUUGGCUUCGAUGCACAAGGAUAUAUUGGAAUAUCCGGGUAAGCAAUUUUUAGUUUUUAUUUCAUUCUUUUAGCUGACAGUCCAUAUCCGAUUUACCUUGGUCAGCGUCCAUGGCGAGCAAGAAGUCAUCUAAAUUCGCAACUGGAUCCACUUACGGAGCAUGCCGCUAAACAAGCGUUAGAAGUAAUUAGGAUUGUAAGAAUGAUUAUUUGUUUAGAUUGUCUGCCAACCAAACCAUCAACAAAGUCUGACUUUGUUUUCGGCAGCGAUGAGAAAUUUCCAGAUAUUCAGGCUGAAUCGGAUGCAGAGAACAGUUCUUUUGAAGAUGGCUGAUGAGUACUUUAAUCUGAGAAGGUUUCAGAAAUCUAUGCAGGUAAGAGUAACCUCCUUUCUACGCCCGAUUGAUAUUAAAAUGAUUCAUUUUUUAUUUUUUAGGUACUUGUCCAUGUAAUUUAUGAACUCCGAAGAGAAAGUGUAAACCAGAUUUUGUUCCCAAUCCUCCAGAGAUGUCUAGACGCGUCUUAUUGCGAUGUGGAUGUAAAAGAUUAUGUUUGGACGGUCUCUCAACUUCUGAACCCAUCAAUUAUCUUCUCCACCAUCAAUCAGCCCUAUUAUUUACAAUUGAAGGCCCAAUUGGAGGAGAACUUUAAUAAUUUGCUUCAGGGAAUACCUCCAAAAACACAUUCCAGUCUAUAUACGAGAUUAUCACAGGUUGAGGUGAGUUUGAAAUGUUUUGAAUUUUAUGUUGUUUUAGAUCGGUCAGGUUGAACAGAAAUGGAAGGAGUUGUACACAACGGAGUUUGAAUUCACAACAAACUUGACUAGAUUAGACCCUCAUCUUCAAGCAGUAGCGGUGUUCUUGCCGAAAGACGGCGGCAAAUCCAUCAAUUCGGGUGAAAGCGCUAUUUUACAGGCAAGUUCAAGACUUGAAAUAUUUCAUUUUUUUAUUAUCUAAAAUAUGGUUUUUAGGUAUCAGUAAGAAACUCGUCAUCAGCCUCUUAUCGUUUCACAUCUUUGCAAGCCCAGAUCGAAGAACACGGCUUAACCCGAUCCACAUCACCUCCAAUUUUGCCAUCAUUGACAUUAAAAACAGAGAAUAUUCAGAUUCCACCCAAUACAAGAAGCGAUUUAUUUUUCGAUGCAACAAUCGGUGAGCAUGGUCCUGCCAGGGAAAAAGCUUUUCAAGUGGGUUUUUCUCCGUUUUGACUUUCUUUUUUUUUUGAGAUCUAAUUGAUUAUUUUACAUUUAUUAUUUUAGGUAACACAUAUUCGAUUGGAGUUCAGCACAUCAAAUUGGCGCAUAAAAGGAUUCUUGGAAUUCGAAAAUAACCUCCAGACGUUAGUCCCUGCAAGUGCAAGGCCGUUACUAAGAUCUGUGUUUUGUGGAGAUAUUGGCACGCAUGUUUUGAGGUACGUAAAUUUCGUGACUUAAGGUGAUCUUGAUGACAAUUUUUUUAGAGUUUUGCCAACAAAGCCGAAGUUGGAGCUUGUCUGGCCGGAAAGUGACGUCAUCUAUACGGAUGCGGAGAAUAAACUGAGAUUUGUGCUGAAAAAUAAUGAAAACACUGCCUUGAAGAAUGUAAAGUACGUAAUUCUGGUAAUUGUAUUGUUGUUAUUGAUUUUAAAAAUGAAUGACAAUGGUUUUAGAAUCAUGUGCCGCCAAUUGGAUACGGAAGAAGAGCAACCAGAAGGGUUUGUAUUUCCCUCGGUCCUCUUCAAUGAACAUGGGCAGCAGCAGCCUCGGUUGACUAAAGAUGUCGCACCCUAUAUAUCACCGGGCACUGAGAUCGAUUUUACGUUGAAUUGUUUUGUGAAAUGUCCGUUCGAAUCGCAAGUUCAAGUUAGAGUGAGCAAUUUUGGAUAUUACUUUAAAUAUUUUUACGUCUACAGUUACAUAAAUUAGGAUACGUUAUAGAUCCAAGCAACAACUAAGGACCCCAGAUAUUCGGAGGGAUUGAUUGAAAGCGCAUUCUCUCUUAAAUUUGUGGGAAAGAGACCAUUUGCACAUACGACAUUACUAUACGCACCUAAUGUAAGAAUAAAUUAUAUGAUGACUAAUUUUUAGGAUGAUCAUAUUGAAUUCCUAAUACAAGGGCACGACACUCGGGUAGAAUGUGUUUGUAGACCUCAUAUGGAUGUGGAAAUAACCAAUGCUAGAUUUGUUUUACCUGAGGACUUGAGCGUUGACAAUAAAAAGUUAGCCGUUCCUGGUAAGUGUGAGAAUUAAUUUUUGAAUAAAGUUGAUUCAGAUGGAAUUCAGAAGGCCAAAUCGAUUGUAAAAUUUGGGACAACACUAAAGGCGCCCACAGAAUUGCCCAUCACUUCGGACAUUGAUAUUGGGAAGCUAGUCUUGAAGUGGAAACGGUAAGAAUAGGUGAAAUGGAUGUUUAAUAUGAUGGCAAUGGAGUAACGGCGUUAAUUUCCAGACCCGGAGCAGAUAAAAUCACAGAAUCAUGGCUCCCAUUAGGUCGAAUUCACAUCCAGCAAUGUCCCCUAAAAAUAGAACCCAUCAUCUGCGGGACGAGCCAUAUUAUGAGGAAACUAAUCGAAAUGGAAUAUAAACUCUCCAAUUUAACCGACAAGGCGUUACACUUCAAAGUCAAUGUGGAAAGAGCCGAUUCGUUGAUGUUCAGUGGAUAUACCGAGGCAAGUAUUGGAAAUGAAAGUAAAACUUUGGUAAAGAUACCAUUUAUGUUUUUCUGUUUUUUCAGAGACAGAUUUUCUUAGCUCCGAAAUCAAAUGAAUCCCUCAAGAUUGCGGUUAUCGCCUUGGGGGCCGGUCAACUUCAAAUUCCAAAACUGCAGAUCUCCUCAAAAGGAACGGAGUUUGAUGAAUUGGUACAGAAGUACGCCUUAGGGUAUCUGAAGUCAACCAUUUUCGUAACGGUGUCAUAA